AUGUCCGACAACGAACAGAACGGCGCUGGCGAAGCCCCUGCUGGCGGCGAUCACCUCAACAUCAAGGUCACCGAUGGCAACAAUGAGGUCUUCUUCAAGAUCAAGAGAACCACAAAACUCGACAAAUUGAUGAAGGCUUUCUGCGACCGUCAAGGCAAAGAUCCGUCGACCGUCAGAUUCCUCUUUGACGGAGACAAGGUCCUUGAAGGCGAUACUCCUGAGAAGCUCGACAUGAGCGACGGCGACACUCUCGAAGUCUUCCAAGAGCAGAUUGGCGGCGCGCUUCUGUGA